GGAACUGGGAUGCAAGGUUUAAGGGCCUCUAGCCAGACCUCUGAUCUCUCCAGAUGAUCACAGGAUAUAAACUGCAGCCGAGAGGCAAGCUCUAGAGAAGCUUCAGAACUCUCCAAAAGAAGCUCUGGGACUGUGAAAAAUAUAUCAUCCAAAAAAGGGGAUGAGGAAAUUUUUGGUGUUACUAAUCCUGACCCUGACCUUGGUAGCCCUUUGCUGUUGUGAGAGAGAUCUAGAACACUCCUUGGAAUCACACAGUGUGGAAAAUAUCAAGAUAGGAAAAGAAACUGCUAAUGCCUUUGUAAGGAGGCAGAAGAGGGCCUCCUCCUACUAUGAAUGGUACCUUGAAAACUACAAGUCCCCAGCGGAGCAGAGGCGUGAGCAGUGUGAAGAAUAUUUACCUUGUAGAUAUCACUCCAGGCAAAUGAGAUACCGUUUCGACUAUCGCCAUUAUAGUGAAGAGUACUGAAGAUGCGAUUGUCCCCUCCCUCACCUAAGUAGGGUCGAGUUUAAUUCCUAUAAGGAUGUGGGUUGUGGGAGGGAAGGAAAGAAAAGGGAAAGGUAGACUGGGCCAACCUCAAUUGUGUGCAUCAGCAAUGAGAGCACAAAGGCAAUAUUUAUCCCGAUUUUCAAUUUUCUAGUCAUGGAUUCUUCAGCAUUAACUGUGCAGCUUUCACCAUGGACAUUUUCCUCCUGUGGUCUCCAUGGUAUUUUAAACUUCCUCAGUGAAGUGUGAUAGCCUGUUUUAUUUACCUGCCAACAAACCUCCAGAGCAAGUGUAGGAAGAGGAUAUUCUUCUGAAGAAGGAUUUGGUGCUCAUUCUGAGCAUGUAUUAUUUGGAAACAGAUGAGCACCAGCAGCAUUGGUAGUUCCGUUGAGAUAAGCACCUUCAUUUAUAUGCUUCACUGAAUUUUUUGGAUCUGAAAGGAAGUGGGGUACGGUCGUGGUAAUUUCUGGUUCUUAUGGUACAACUUGUUUUUGGUCUGUCUGAAAAUAGCCAGAUGGAAAGCCUUUCUUCAUAGUUUAUUUGACUCUUAAGUUUCUAGUCCCGGCUGAGAAAAACGCAGAGAAAGGCAAAAACGGAACGAAAAAUUAAUAGAACUUUUAAAAACCUAAAACAAAUUAAGGUGGGGUUGAAGUUGUGUCAAUGCUUGGUUUACAUAUCCUCUUUCUUCUAUGCAAAUUCCUUCAAAUAUCUUUUAUGAGUAUUAUGCAUUAUCAACUUUCAGAAGCCUCUCUUGUAUCAUCAUAUAUCAUAUGUCAUAUUCUGUGAGGAAGAAAUGAGUAUCUUCAUAGAGGCAAGCUUCAAGAGACUGGAAACAAGUGAUUUCUUUUCAUUUGCAUGAUGGCUGGUGAAGUCAUCCCCAGUUGCUGACUGUAAUAAAUGUGGGUUAUGUAAA